CCUAUAGAAACCUCUAGACCCUCUUACCAUCCUAUGUUCAAACUUCCAACCAACGCCCUUCCUUAAAGCUGCAUCCUCUCCCCCUUUUCUCCCACCAAAACUUGGGCUUCACUCCUCCCUUCAUUUCUCUCCCAAGACUCCAAAGAACUCGAGCAAGAAUCGCCAUAACGAUCCAUAUCAAGAAAGUCGAGAAAGAUGCAGGAAUUGUGAAAGUCUUUAGUGCUUUAGUCUAUAACUCAAAGGGCCGAUAGAAACGCGAUCACACCGUCAGUAUCGUCAACCUUUGCCCUGACGGUCAAGAAAGCUCAUCGUGCAAGAGGUAUAGUCUGUUGGAGGAUUGCCGGGGGAAAACAUAUAUGGGCACUCUCGUUGGUCAUGUGGCGCCGGGCUUCGGGUUCUUCUUGUUAGGACUAUGGCACCUCUACAACCACAUCAAGCUCCAUGUCCUCCACCCGGACGCCUAUGCAUCUCUUCCAUGGUUCCCGGCAUCGAGGCUCAAGUACCUAGAGCUCUUCUUGAUCACGGUAGCCUCAUCAAUGUCCAUUUGCAUGGAGCUCUUCAUAGGCCCAAGAAGCCAUCAACCUUUCGAUGUUGAUGGCACCAUCCCGUCGAACCACCUCCACAACUUUGAGCACGCUACGAUCUCCCUAACCUUCUUGACCUACGCAGCUUUUGCAGUAGCCCUUGACAGGAUCAGGCCUAGUGCACACUAUGGGCUGACCCAGCUGAUGGCCUCGAUAGCCUUUGGUCAGCAGCUGCUCCUAUUCCACCUCCACUCGGCCGACCACAUGGGCGUCGAAGGGCAGUACCACCUGCUCCUGCAACUCGUGAUCUUCACCUCUCUUGCAACUACCCUGCUAGGCAUACCUUUUCGGGACAGCUUCUUGGUCAGCUUCGUGCGGUCCUCCAGCAUACUGUUCCAAGGCCUGUGGCUCAUUGUCAUGGGCUUCAUGCUAUGGACGCCCCAGUUCAUGCCCAGGGGUUGCUUCGAGAACUUGGAGGAAGGGCACCAGGUGGUCCGGUGUGGGACUGAUGAGGACCUCCACCGAGCCAAGUCGCUAGUGAACAUCGAGUUCAGCUGGUUCCUGAUAUUGGUGACGGUCUUCUCUGUCUCUCUCUACCUCAUCAUGAUGAGGUUCUAUGGCAAGAACUCGGAGUACAUGUCCCUCACAAAGGAGGAUCUGGUGCUCGAAGAGGACAGCGACGACGUGGAGUCACACAAGAAGGGCGAACUCCGGGAUCUGAAUGGAUUCAGUCGCGUGAGGAAACAGUUUGCAGCCAUAGAUACCGGCAGGUAACAAGGGAUGAAGCAAACUGAUUAGCACAUAGGUGUCUGGUUAAUUGUUAUUUGUUUUGUGAUUAGAGCCAAGGCCGAUGCUUCAAUGGGAUUAGUCGUAGUCAAUAGGUUAAGUCCACAAUCUCACGGGAAAAAAUGGUGAUUAGCUUUAUUAGGUUCAUGGGAUUAAUUUAAGUUGCAUAUAUCUGUUUGGUUUAUGAAAUUGUGAGUAGAUGAGUGAUUUAUUA